UAAACCCCACCCAACUUCUCUCUCGACUCGGCUGCAUUCAGCUUAGUUUUCUUUAACACACCCAGAAUUCCAGGCAAGGGGAGGAAAAAACAUCUGAUGACCGUGACGGUAUUUGGAUAUCAUCAGAGGAGACAGAAUAGGCUCACAGUAGCAGAGGACGUUAAAACGCUUAUGCUCUGGAGUUGGACGGCAGUAGUGGAUAAGCGAAUCAAUGCGAGGCUCUUCGUGCGUCAUGUGCUGCAAGUGUUGGCCAGAGAUUUUGGGGAAGGCGCUCUAGCUGCAUUAAAUUGAUCAGUUGCUCAUUAUACCUCAACCUGCCAGCUGACCGGACCCCGACGCCCCUGCCCUCCAAUUUUGAUUCGUAGACAGAUCCUCCACGCGAAAGUCCCCAUACCACACCAACCCGCCUCUUCUUCCACAUCAGCCACCUCUUUGUAUCCCCUGGGGCGCUGGACAGAGAGCAACGAGAGCGAGGGAAAGCAAAGCAACGCAAGGAAAGAGAAGGACUGGACGCAGGUUCUUUUUUCCCCUCAAAAUCAAGCGGGAUGAGUCCCCGAGGCGCAGGAGGAUGAGGUGCGAGGCUCCAGCGACUGUCCAUAGUUUGGUGGUGGAGAACACGGGAGACCACCAAAAGCUGGAGCUGUCUUCGUUGUCAUACUCAGAGGAUUGAUGAUGCUACUUUCAAUGUCCGUACGUACCUCCGUUGGAUUUUACCUAGCAUGGAUUGCUUUACCAGCACAGGAGUGCAGAUGAUGGCUGUGGCGAAAAGGAUGCCGUCUGAUAUAUGAAAAAAAAAAGAUAAUUACAGCUGCAGUGCAUUAACAAACAUUUUAUGAUUAUAAUUCUUUGGAGAAUGAAUAACGACGAGUGUGAUGAAAUAUUAACAAAUGUCACAUGCAAUUGUCACUCGAGAAGCUCGGUCGUCUGAAUGUGAGGAAAGCUUGCGAAAGGUGGCGGAAGGUAGCAUCCACACUGUACCAAACAUUGCGGAUGUUACAAAAUAAAUAAAUAAUAUUUCUCUUCUUCUUUUAAUAUCAGUAACAUCAGUUGCUGCAGUCAUUACACUUAAAUGAAAAGACAUGCUAAAUGUAACGAACGAUAGCAUUUCAAAUGCAAUUAUUUUUUUACUCAGCCAUUAUGGUAGCACUACUGUGUUCAUGAGAGUAAUCAUAUGAAUAGCUAAGGAAAGCCUCAGAGAUGUAUGACCAGGCAAACGCAUUGGGAGACAUUUAAGACUCCAUGAAAAUGGAAUCUCGGGAGCUUAUUAAUCCAUUCUUGUUAAUGCACUAAUUCUUCAUCGGAAUAUGUUGUUCUUGAUAGCUGACUUAAGCACCAAGUGAAGGACAAGCGCUCUGCAUUUGGAGGUGGGCAGCAAGAGCAUCAGCCAUUCAACCGAAACCGCACGUUUUUUUCCCUCUUCCACGCAUUUUUCACACCUCCACUUCCCUAUAAAUACAAGCAUCGAUCCGCUAUUAAUGGGCUUGUGUUCUCAGACCAACCGUCUCUGAUAUGACACCGUGAGAGUACAAUACAGUUAUACACGUAUAAAGUCUUGAAGCAGAUGGGAUGUAAUGUGGUGUGGUCGCGUUGAAUAUUCGCCUUCUUCUCUGCUGCUUCAUAAAGACUGGCCUUUGGUGUCGAUAGAAUGGCUCGGUUUGAUAAUGAGGUACCGUCCAGGUAUGGUGGAGGACCUGGCCCAGGGGGGCCCGGUCGCGGCGGCAGUAGACAAGGUGGCCCGCCGGGAGCUCAAAGGGUGUACAAGCAGUCCAUGGCCCAGCGAGCCAGAACUAUGGCCCUGUACAAUCCAAUACCAGUUCGACAGAACUGCUUCACUGUCAACCGUUCCCUGUUCAUCUUCAGCGAGGACAACUUUGUGAGAAAAUACGCCAAAAAGAUCACCGAAUGGCCUCCUUUCGAGUACAUGAUCCUGGCCACCAUCAUCGCCAACUGCAUCGUCCUGGCCCUGGAGCAGCACCUGCCUGACGGGGACAAGACCCCCAUGUCCGAGCGCCUGGAUGACACAGAACCCUACUUCAUCGGCAUCUUCUGCUUCGAGUCGGGCAUCAAGAUCCUGGCCCUGGGCUUUGCCUUCCACAAGGGCUCCUACAUGCGCAACGGCUGGAACGCCAUGGACUUUGUAGUGGUGCUCACUGGAAUCCUGUCCACAAUCGGGUCGGAGUUUGACCUGCGGACCCUUCGUGCCGUGAGAGUGUUGAGACCCCUCAAACUGGUGUCUGGGAUUCCCAGCCUGCAGGUGGUGCUCAAGUCUAUCAUGAAGGCCAUGAUCCCUCUUCUGCAGAUUGGUCUGCUGCUCUUCUUUGCCAUUCUCAUGUUUGCCAUCAUAGGCCUUGAGUUUUACAUGGGGAAGUUCCAUACCACCUGCUUUGACAUCUACACAGAUGAGAUACGGGAAGAGUUUCCAUGUGGUACGGAGGCUCCAUCUCGUCUUUGCCCUAAUGGCACCACCUGUAAGCAGUACUGGCUCGGCCCGAACUAUGGCAUCACGCAGUUUGACAACAUCCUGUUUGCCAUCCUCACUGUCUUCCAGUGCAUCACCAUGGAGGGCUGGACUGACCUCCUCUACUAUAGUGACGAUGCCUCCGGGGGCGCCUGGAACUGGAUGUACUUUAUCCCACUCAUCAUCAUCGGCUCCUUCUUCAUGCUCAACCUGGUGCUGGGUGUCCUGUCCGGGGAGUUUGCCAAAGAGAGGGAACGUGUAGAGAACAGGAGUGAGUUUCUGAAGUUGAGGAGACAGCAGCAGAUAGAGAGGGAGCUCAACGGCUACCUGGAGUGGAUCUGCAAAGCAGAAGAAGUUAUUCUGGCGGACGAAGACAAUGAAACGGAUGACCGGAUGCCCUUUGAUGCAGCGUCGCGGAGGAGGCCCACCCUCAAGAAGAACAAGAACGACCUCCUGAACCCUGAAGAGGCAGAAGGAGACGCUCUAGGGUCCCCGUUCACCCGGGCCAGCCUGAAGAGCUCCAAGCUGGAGGGCUCCACCUUUGACAAGCGCGAGCGCCGGUUUCGCUUCUUCGUCCGCCACAUUGUCAAGACGCAGGCCUUCUACUGGUCCGUGCUCUGUCUGGUGGGCCUCAACACGCUGUGCGUGGCCGCCGUGCACUAUGACCAACCCGACGUCCUCUCCGACUUCCUCUACUUUGCCGAGUUCAUUUUCCUGGGCAUCUUCAUGUCAGAGAUGUGCAUCAAGAUGUAUGGAUUGGGGACACGCCCUUACUUUCACUCCUCCUUUAACUGCUUUGACUGCAUUGUCAUAUGUGGCAGCAUUUUCGAGGUCUUCUGGGCAAUGAUCCAGCCUGGCACCUCCUUUGGCAUCAGUGUGUUGCGCGCUCUCAGGUUAUUGAGGAUCUUCAAAGUGACCAAGUACUGGGCCUCCCUGAGGAACCUGGUGGUCUCCCUACUCAACUCCAUGAAGUCCAUCAUCAGCUUGCUCUUCCUGCUCUUUCUCUUCAUCGUGGUCUUUGCCCUUCUGGGCAUGCAGCUCUUCGGGGGCCAGUUUAACUUUGAAGCCGGCACUCCCCCUACCAACUUUGAUACCUUUCCUGCAGCAAUAAUGACAGUGUUCCAGAUCUUGACGGGAGAGGACUGGAACAUGGUGAUGUAUGACGGCAUCGAGUCUCAGGGUGGAGUGAGGAAGGGGAUGGUCUUCUCUGUGUUCUUUAUAGUGCUCACGCUCUUUGGCAACUAUACCUUGCUCAAUGUAUUCUUGGCUAUCGCUGUGGACAAUCUGGCUAAUGCACAAGAGCUGACCAAGGAUGAGCAAGAGGAAGAGAAGCAGGCCAGUAAGAAAGCUGCCCUUCAGAAAGCCAAGGAGGUGGCUGAAGUGAGCCCCAUAUCCGCUGCCAAUCUCUCCAUAGCAGCUAAGGAGAACCACUCAAAGUCAAACUCAAAGUCGGUGUGGGAGCAGCGGACCAAUGAGCUGCGCAGACAGACCCUGGUCAACAGCAGAGAGGCCCUUUACAAUGAGCUGGAGCCAGAGGACCGCUGGAAGGUGUCCUACUCCCGCCAUAUCCGGCCGGAUGGCAUGAAGACCCAUCUGGACAGACCGCUGGUGGUUGACCCCCAGGAAAACCGCAACAACAACACCAACAAGACUUGCGCUGGGGAGCGUGAGGCUGACCAGGAGGCCCGGCUCAGCCAGCAGUGCGCCGAGGAGAUCUUCCGCAAGCAGACGCGCCUCCACGAGCGGGCGGGGAGCACGGGAGGUGGGGAAGGAGGAGAGGGAGGUGGUGGAGGAGGAGUAGGAGGAGGAGAUGAAGGAGCCGAUCCCACAGAGUCCUCCUCGCGGCGGAACCGCAAGUCAGGGGAGAGCGAGCACCACCAGGGCCAAAAUCACCACUCCACCCAUGAGCACCAGCACCACCACCACCGCCCGUGCGGGAGCACGACCCACCUCGAGGGGGUGGCCGAGGAGAAGCCGCAUAGACGCAGCCACCAGCACCGCGAGCACCGGGGCCAGUGCACCCAGCGCGGAUCGAGGCGAAGGGGAGGAGGAGGAGGAGGUGGACGCCGACACAGGAACAAGAACUCGGAAGCAGGGGGCAGUGUGGAAGGCGGGGAGCGCAAGCCCAGGAGGCAUCGCCAUAGCGCCGCCUCAGGCAGUGAGGGGGAGUGCAAGCGAGAGAGGGGAGAAAGGGUCCGCCAGCACAGAGCCAGGAAGGAGGGCAGUGGGCCCACUCUGUCCACCACGCGGCCCAUCCAGAAGACCCUGUCCCGGCAGGCCAGCGUGUACAGCGAGGACAUGGACAACGUGAUGAACAGCAAGCUGGUCACCCAGCCGCCCUCUGCCUCUGCCCGCAACCGUGGUGGCACCGUCACCGCCAACACCACCCCCCACGCCAGCAUCUAUAACCUGGCCAACAGCACCCACAGCCUCUACCAGCCGCCCCCUGGUCCGGAGGGCAGCCUCAUGCCCAGCCGAGCCACCAGCAUGGCCUACCUGACCUGCAUGGGCUACCCGCGGGCAGACCACACCAGUGUCGACAUGCCACCCAUGUUCCCCUCGCACAACGCCAUCCUGCAAAUCAAUAAAAAUGCAAACACUGAGCCCCUGCCCAAAAAGGAGGAUAAGAAUGAUGAUGACGAUGAUGACCCAAAAGACAGUGGUGGCCCCAGGCCUAUGCCCCCAUACAGCUCCAUGUUUGUACUGUCCACCACCAACCCGUUUCGGAGGUUGUGCCAUUACAUUGUUACACUGAAUUAUUUUGAAAUGACCAUCCUGCUGGUCAUCGCAAUGAGCAGUAUCGCCUUGGCUGCUGAAGACCCAGUCUGGCCCGACUCCCCCCGGAACAAUGUGCUGCGCUACUUUGACUAUGUCUUCACUGGAGUCUUCACCUUUGAGAUGCUGAUUAAGAUGGUGGAUUUGGGUCUGAUCCUGCACCAGGGCUCCUAUUUCCGUGACCUUUGGAACAUCCUGGACUUUAUAGUGGUUAGUGGUGCCCUGGUGGCCUUCGGCUUCACCAGCGGCGAAGGUGGAAAUAGCAAGGGGAAAGAUCUCAGCACCAUCAAGUCUCUGCGUGUGCUGAGAGUAUUGCGGCCGCUCAAGACCAUCAAGAGGCUGCCCAAACUCAAAGCUGUAUUUGAUUGUGUGGUCAACUCCCUCAAGAAUGUGCUCAACAUCCUCAUCGUCUACAUGCUCUUCAUGUUCAUCUUCGCUGUUGUUGCCGUGCAACUCUUCAAGGGAAAGUUCUUUUACUGCACAGAUGAGUCCAAGGAGUUUGAGCGCGACUGCAGGGGCGAGUAUUUAGUGUAUGAACGUGACAACGAAGUGAAGGCGCAGAAGAGGGAGUGGAAGAAAUACGAUUUCCACUACGACAAUGUGCUCUGGGCCCUGCUCACCCUCUUCACCGUAUCCACUGGAGAGGGGUGGCCGCAGGUGCUGAAACAUUCAGUCGAUGCGACUUAUGAGAAUCAGGGCCCGAGCCCGGGGUAUCGGAUGGAAAUGUCCAUCUUUUACGUGGUGUACUUCGUGGUCUUCCCCUUCUUCUUCGUCAACAUCUUCGUGGCUCUCAUCAUCAUCACCUUCCAGGAGCAAGGAGACAAGAUGAUGGAGGACUACAGUCUAGAAAAGAAUGAGAGAGCUUGUAUAGACUUUGCCAUCAACGCCCGGCCUCUGACGCGACACAUGCCACAGAACAAGCAGACGUUCCAGUAUCGCAUGUGGGAGUUUGUGGUGUCGCCGCCGUUUGAGUAUACCAUCAUGGCCAUGAUCGCGCUCAACACUGUAGUGCUCAUGAUGAAGUAUGAUGGAGCCUCCAACACCUAUAAUGAUGUGUUAAAACCGGAACACUGCUUAAUUUCACUGUUUUCCAUGGAGUGUAUACUGAAGAUCAUUGCCUUUGGGGUUCUGAACUACUUCAAAGACGCCUGGAACAUCUUUGACUGUGUGACAGUCGUCGGGAGCAUCACCGAUAUUCUAGUCACAGAGCUUGGGAUGAAUAACUUCAUAAACCUGAGUUUUCUGCGGCUUUUCCGAGCUGCUCGACUCAUUAAACUGCUCAGGCAGGGCGAGACCAUUCGCAUCCUGCUCUGGACAUUUGUGCAGUCCUUUAAGGCUCUGCCGUACGUGUGCCUCCUCAUCGCCAUGCUGUUCUUCAUCUACGCCAUCAUUGGCAUGCAGCUGUUUGGGAACAUCGCUAUUGAGGAAGAUGGAGAUAGUGCCAUCAAUCAACACAACAACUUCAGGGCCUUCUUCCAGGCGCUCAUGCUGCUCUUCAGGAGUGCUACAGGGGAGGCAUGGCAUGAGAUCAUGCUGGCUUGCCUGAGUGGGAAGAAGUGCGACCCGCUCUCAGGCAGCGAGGAGCACUUGGGGUGUGGCAGCGAGUUUGCCUACCUCUACUUCGUCUCCUUUAUCUUCCUCUGCUCCUUCCUGAUGCUGAAUCUGUUCGUGGCUGUCAUCAUGGAUAACUUUGAGUACCUCACACGAGACUCCUCCAUUCUGGGGCCUCACCAUUUGGACGAGUAUGUGAGGAUAUGGGCCGAGUAUGACCCUGCUGCCUGUGGGCGCAUUCAUUACAAGGAUAUGUACAGUUUAUUGCGAGUUAUCGACCCUCCUCUGGGCUUAGGAAAGAAAUGUCCCCAUAGGGUGGCCUGCAAGAGACUGUUGCGGAUGGAUUUGCCGGUCGCCGAAGACAACUCUGUUCAUUUCAACUCCACCUUAAUGGCCUUAAUCCGCACGGCACUGGACAUCAAGAUCGCCAAGGUUACGGAAGGGGAGGACAAGCACCAGAUGGAUGCUGAGCUGAGGAAAGAGAUGAUGGCGAUUUGGCCCAACCUCUCGCAGAAGAUGUUGGACCUGCUGGUCACUCCACACAAGUCAGCGACAGACCUGACGGUGGGGAAGAUCUACGCGGCCAUGAUGAUCAUGGAGUACUACCGGCAGAGCAAAGCCAAGCGGGCCCAGGCGCAGGAGCAGAAUCGAACGACAUUAAUGUUUCAGCGUCUGGAGCCUCACUCCCCAACCCAGGAUGGUGGGCCGGGAGUCAAGGGCCUCCCUGAAUCCCAGCCGGAUGCUGUGGGCAAUAUGCCAAUGGAUGGGGGGAUGUCAGAGAGCCAGUCCUGGGUGACCGCGCGUGCUCAGGAGAUGUCUCAGAAGGCUGGCAGCUGGAGUCCCGAGGGGCAGCAUCCCGACGACAAACGAGACAGUAUGCACAACUCUCAGACGGUAGAGAUGAGAGAGAUGGGGCGGGAUGGUUACUCGGACAGUGAGCACUUUCUCCCAAUGGAAGGGCACGGGAGAGCUGCUUCCAUGCCCCGACUCCCGGCAGACAACCAACAGCAUCGAAGGAAAGGGAGGCCACGAGGGAAUAACCUCAGUACGAUCACAGAUAACAGCCCGAUGAAGCGUUCCGCCUCCUCGCUGGGGCACGGCCGGUGCGGGCGGAUGGGCCGGGGCGACGACUACACCCUGGACCAGGUCAUCCCCGAGGAGGGGCCGCGGCAUGGUCACCGGCGCCGGGAGCGCAGCCACCGCGCCUCUGAGAGAUCCCUCAGCCGCUACACGGAUGCAGACACAGGGCUGGGAACAGACCUCAGCACCACCACGCAGUCAGGCGACCUGCCACCCAAGGAGAAGGAGCGUGGCGAGAGGGACCGCGACCGCGGGCGAGCCAAGGACCGCAAGCACCACCACCACCACCACCACCACCACCACAGCUCGCUGGACAAGGAGCGCUACACGCCCGACCGGCCCGACUAUGGCCAUCGGCAGCCCCGUGAGCGCGACCACCGCUGGUCACGCUCGCCCAGCGAGGGCCGCGACUGUGGGCCUCAUCGGCAGGGCAGUAGUUCGGUGAGCGGGAGCCCCGUCCCCUCGACCUCGGGGACUAGCACCCCCCGCCGCGGGCGCCGGCAGCUCCCCCAGACCCCCGCCACGCCACGGCCCCAUGUCACCUACUCACCCGUGGUGCGCAAGCCCGGCAGUGGAGGAGGAGGAGGAGGAGGAGGAGGAGGAGGAGGAGGAGGGACACCCCCGCAGCCCGUGCGCCAGUCCUCCACCACCACCCCACGCCGCUACUCCCCCUCGGGCUCCGGCGAGCCUCCUCCUCCUCCUCCCCCCCAAGGGCCUCCUCACCACCACCACCAUCACCACCACCAGCAGCAGCAGCAGCAGCAGCAGCAGCAGCCGCCCUCCCACCACGGCUCGCCCCGCCUGGGACGCCACGGCCCCCCUCCCUCCGGGCGCUGGGGCCCCCCGCCACCGGACGGUAGCCCGGAGGGCGACGGCUGCUUCUAUGAGGACGAGGCCGAGGACUACGACUACCGCGAGCGCCACGAGCCACCGGCCUAUGAGCAGAGCCCUACGCAGGGCAACCCCCACCCCCAUGCGCACCCUAACCACCCCCACCCCAACCACCCGCAUCCACACCCGCCCCACCCCAACCACCCGCGCUCGCCCAGGACUUCCCGACAUGCACCCCCCCAGCAGCAACAACAGCAGCAGCAGCAGCAGCAGCAGGGUCCCCCGCCGGGCGGCCCGCGCCGCCUGCCCAACGGCUACCGCUCGUCCUCGCCCUCCCCCCACCACCACCACGGCAGCCAGCCGCUGCCGCAGCACCCCGGGACCCACAAGCCCCCCCACCCCCGAGGCCCGCGAGGGAAGGGACUGCAUGAACCCUACAGCGAGACCGACGAGGACGACUGGUGCUAGCCCCUGGGAAACGGGGAGAGGGGACGUCA